ACUAAAAUUGGAGGACGUUUUAGCAAACAGACUUCACACCGAUUUUAGGGUUUUAGAGCGGCUGUUCUUGUAGAUGUGAGAAACCAGUGCUCUGUUAGCCCCAAAACCCCACAAUUUCGUUGAAUCGAAGAUGGACAAGAGCAUGCUUGGAGACCUUGAUUCUCUUCCCCAGGAGGAUCAAUUGAGAAUGUCCUCCAUGAUUGAUCAGCUUCAAAUCCGCGACAGUUUGAGGAUGUAUAAUUCACUGGUGGAGAGAUGUUUCACUCAAUGUGUUGACUCCUUCCGGCGUAAAUCCCUGGACAAACAAGAAGAGACCUGUGUCCAACGGUGUGCUGAGAAGUACCUGAAGCACUCGAUGCGUGUUAGCAUGAGAUUUGCAGAGCUCAACCAAGGUGCUGCUACCCCAGAUUAAGAUGUCAUUAAUAUUACUUCGACAGUAAACAUUUGAACGCACCUGGAUGUGGUUUAUGAAUUAUUUUAGUUUUGAACUACUGUAAACUUUGUUUUAUGCCCUUGUUUAAAAGCAGAGGAUAUAUAUUUCAGCUGUUUUAACUUAUCAAAAGUUCUUCUGUUCAUGGUAGAUUUAAUAAAUUGGAUCAAGAUGGUUUUUAUUUUAUGUAUUUUGAAAAGGGUUUGUAUGAAAACAACAUUUCUGUUAUUAUUUUGGCUGUCUUUCAUGUUUGUUAUAAGAUUGAUGGAAGAUAUGUUCUGUUA